GUUUAUUUACAAAAUCAGUUAAUGUUAAGCAUUUCCACAAUGUCAUCUCGAUUAUUGAAAAGCUCAGAGCAGUCUUUCGAAAAUUGGGCUACCGUUAGUCCCCUUAGCAUUCUGUCGUGAUAUCAUUGUAUCUGAUCAAACAGAAGCGAUUGUUUCGUUUUUCUCCUUGACUGACGAUGUUGGAGUGUGCAGCACCUGGAGUUGAGGAUGCUAACGUAUGGGGUCUUAUAAGUUUAAAGAAAGGUGAUAAAAAAGCCCAAAGGAAAAUUCUGAAUGAGUUCCACAGACACAACAAGGUGUUGAAUGAAACUGAUGAGAUUCAGGAUGCAAGACAAGCCAGAAGGAUAGCUUUCAGAGGAAUUAAACGUCAGCUUAAUCUCUGGAAAGGCCCAGUACAUAAAAAUCGUCUUGCAGAACAAAUCGUUUUUCCAAUAAAUGACAGAGAAAUCGUUAUGUCAGCCUCCCAAGAGGCUGCAAAAAUGAAAGAGCAAGUUUAUGUCAAGGAUACCAUAAAAGAUUCGACAAAUUUACAGGGGAAAUUAUAUAAUGCACUGUAUAGAGAUAUGGACACAAGUACACCUCAGGAAGAAAUUCCAGAAAAGGCAGCGAAGAUGGUUUCCAAGAUGCUACUGGAAAAAAUUGCUAUGCGUGACAGAGAACGUUUCUUACUUGCUCGAGCUGCUGCUCGUAACAAGCGUCAAAAUAAAAUUAAAAGCAAACGAUUUCAUCGCCAUUUGAAGGCACGUACUAUGAAGGAAUAUGAAAAAGAAACGGAGUCAUUGCGGGUCAAUAAUCCUCGGAAAUUUGCUGAACGUCUUCUCAGUGCCGAAUUAAGUAGAGUCAGAGAAAGAGCCAGUCUGAAACAUAGAGGUGGUAGCAAGUUUGCAAAAUUACAGAAGUUGAGAGCAAAGUAUGACUCUGAGGCUAGAGCAGCUGUAGCAGACAUGCACGAGUUAUCUAGGGAGACCACAAGAAGGACUGAUCCCGACCUUCUAUCUGAUACUGACGAAUCUGAUGUAUCUUUAUCAUCUGAAUCUGAGGGGGAAUCAGAAGGGUCUGAUUUUAAUUUAGACGAUGAUGCCGACGAGGAAGUUAAUGGAGUUACUCAAACCCUCGGCUGGUGGAAAAAGGGCUCAACCAAGAACAAAUCGAAGACCGAACAUCAAACAACUGUUGGAGCUGUGCUUUCCACUCAGGCAGCUGAAGAAGUACUAGAAAAAUAUGAAGUCAAUCAGAUGAUUUUAAGUGAACCAGUAGUGUGCAAUACUAGUGUGGCUGCAGAACCAGAUGUAGUUGAUCCCAAUUCAGAGGGGUUUUUCCAUGCACUUCAAGAAAGCUUUGCGAAUGAUCCUGCAUUACAACAGAAGUUUUCCGCAGAGAAAUCUGAAACUGUAAAAGAUGAGGCCCCUCAAGAUAUUGAUACAUUUCUGCCUGGAUGGAAUUCCUGGACAGGUCCAGGAACUGAAAAGGCUGAUGAAAGAAAGCGGAGAUCCAGAAUUAUACCUGCUCCUAGAGUAAAACGUGAAGAUGACAAAAAACCUCACGUAAUCAUCAAACGGCGUGUAAACCAAGAUUUCAAGCAACACUUGGUAAAAACUAUUCCGUUCCCAUACAACACACCAGAACAAUUUGAAGCUUUUAUCUCUCAGCCUAUUUGUAGAGAAUGGACAACAGAACUUACACAUCGUGAGCUAACAAGGCCCAAAGUUACAGUUCAGUCAGGUCGUAUUAUCAGACCAAUAUCAAAGUCUGCAGCUUUACUACGUGAUAAAGAUAUAGAGCAUUUUGUUAAACAAAACAAAAACUCUUAGUAUCAUGUACAUUACUUAUCUUUUUAUGAGUUAUCAAUAUCUACAUUGUAAUAUGAAAUAUAACAUUCGUAGAUUGUUCAGUAUUAUUUAAGGUAAUUUAAUUACAGUAAAUGUUCUAUAAGAA